CAUGCACAUACCUUGUUCCCUUUAUCUCAUACGUGCGUUUGUGAUUAUGCAUAUAGUGGUGCUCAUCCAGUCUAUGGUAGACUUAGACGGAUCAAAUCGGCCGUUUGAUAAGAUUUUGGUAGUCUUUUUGUUUAAAUUAUUGAAACAGCUGAAACUUUAAUCUCCAACUACCAACCGGUAUAAAUAGCCGCUAGUUCUUAGGGGAGUAUGUUGUAAUUAUCGAAAUGUCGUCUGGUUUAUUACGGUUAUUAGCGGCUCUGCUUCUUUGCUCCUUGGGCGCUACUGCCACCGACACAGUUGAUUGGUGGGAGUCCGCCACCCUUUAUCACAUUUAUCCGCGUUCAUUUAUGGACACCGAUGGCGAUGGUAUAGGCGAUUUGAAUGGCAUCACCUCACGGCUGGCAUAUUUUAAGGAAAUUGGUGUAACAGCAGCUUGGAUUUCUCCCAUAUAUGAUUCACCCAUGGCUGAUAUGGGCUAUGAUAUCGCGAAUUUUACGAAAAUCUAUCCGGUUUUCGGCACAAUGGAGGAUUUCGACAAUCUGUUGGCCAAGGCGCAUGAAUUGGAUUUGAAACUCAUAUUAGAUUUUGUGCCCAAUCAUUCGAGUGACGAGUGUGAGUGGUUUCAGAAGUCGAUACGUCGCGAAGAUGGCUAUGACGAUUUCUACAUGUGGGAUGAUGGCAAAAUUGACCCACAAACGGGCGAGCGUGUACCACCAAGUAAUUGGCGGGCGGUUUUCAGUGGUGCCGCAUGGACCUGGGUUGAAGAACGCCAACAGUACUAUUUGCAUCAGUUUCUCGCGAAGCAACCGGAUUUGAACUUCACUAAUACCUUGGUGCGUGAGCGUAUGAUGGAAGUGAUGAAAUUUUGGCUUGAUCGUGGUGUAGACGGCUUUCGCAUGGAUGCUACGAACUUUUUAGUUGAAAAGCGUUUCGAUAAUGGCACAUAUCCAGAUGAACCACUCUGGGCUACAGGGUAUGAAAGGUACAUAUAUACCCGUGAUCAAUGGGGGAGUACGGAAAUUAUAUACGAAUGGCGCGAAUAUCUAGAUGAAUAUCAGAGACUUAAUGGUGGAGAUACAAGAGCUAUGGUUAUUGAGUCAUAUUCUCCUGUCGAGGUUUUGAGCGGAUAUAUUUCUAAUGGUACUAAGGUCGGUGGUCAGUUGCCAAUGAAUUUUAAUUUCGUGUCACUGGAUGAAAACUCGAGUGCGGAGGACAUUGAAGCAGAAGUUAGCGAUUGGAUGGAUGUCAUAUGGACCCGACAUAAAAUGGCCAAUUGGGUAGCAAACAAUCAUGACAAUGGUCGCUUACCAACACGUAUGGGUCAGAGCAAAGUGGAUUCGAUGACUAUGAUAAUACAUGCAUUGCCCGGUACAUCGGUUACUUAUUACGGCGAAGAGAUCGGAAUGCCUGAUGGAGAAAUCGACUGCACUAAAGAGUGCGACUUUCGUGAUCCAGAGCGCACACCGAUGCAGUGGAACGGAUCGAAAAACGCCGGCUUCAGCACAGGCAACUCAACUUGGCUGCCCGUCAAUCCCAACUACAAAUAUUUAAAUGUACAAGUUCAACGAGGUGUUGCGCGUAGCAGCUUGCAGAUAUUCAAGGGCAUGACGGCGCUUAAGAAAACUGCUGCCUUUAAGGCGUUCAAGGAGGAGGGUGGCUUCUCUUAUGGCGCUCUGGCAAAGCAAGUUUUCCAGGUUGUGAGAACCGCGGUCGAUCGUGAGGAAUAUCGUGUGCUUGCCAAUUUAGGUAACCAAAUAGAAUAUUUUGAGGGUUUGACCAACAAAACAAUGGAGUACGUAUUGCUUAACUCUUAUUCACCACACAGAUACGGUGACAGGAUUGAUUUAAGCGGAAGAAUUUAUUUAAUGCCUUAUGAGGCGGUCGUCUUACGCUGGUCGGCAUAAAAUUAAGUACUUAUAAACUAUCAAUUUGGAUCACAGAUACUGUUGAUGUGUAGAUAUUAUAUAUCAUUAAAAGUGACCCCGACCAAUUGACAAAACACAUGAAGUAUCGCUGUAAUUUUGAUUGCUAUGAACUAUGAAACUUUUAAAAUUAAUUAAUAACAAUUAUGUUGUAUUAUUAAAUGUUAUUGAAUAAUUCAAUAAUAUGUAAAAAUAUUUUAUUUCCCAUGUCUUUGUUCCAUGAUAUUGAAAAUUGUAUCAGGGGGUGUUUCAGUUUGAAUUUCUAAAGUUCCUUAAAUUUUUUCUAGUUUUUAACAGUUUCUUUUUGUUAGUUUAUCCUCCAUUGAGAAAAAUAGUAACUUACAUUUAUUUUGAUGUAUUUCCUUAGAUAAUUUAUGUACUAAUAGCAUAUGACACUAUUAUGGGGUCGAACAACCAUGGAAUUGCAAUUUGUCGUCGACAUUUUCAUAUCCAUGGAUCAAAAAUUUAAUUUUAUUGUAUACAUAAAUACCUACAGACAUAUGUCUUUCUAUUAAAAUCAAUUUUCUUUCUGCUUUUAAUUAAAUUUUAACCCGACACUCCAAAUUUUAACAAGCCAGAAGCUCUUAACUAGCUUUAUUGAGCAAUGAGCCAAACGACAUUACGAAGGUUACCACUAUAGCGGCACAAAAAAUUUUUAAGCGACUACUGAGCGAUUAUCAAUUACACCGGCAAACACUCGAGAUUAUGAUUGGAGACUUAAAAGAGACCUUGCAAAAGCCAAAUAUUCAAGUUAAUCAAAAGUAAUUUGAUUCUUAAAAACAUUUGCUUUUGUGAUAAA